AUGGCUUCUCACGAGGACUCGAGCCAAUCUCCGGCGGGAGUUAAAAACCGCAGCGUCAGCCCGUCCGCUCAUCUUCAUCAUCCCCAACAGCAGCCGUACAAUCAUCCCUCCGUUGGCCUGACCUUGGACCCCUCUGUCGCCGUGCCCUCCUUCCACAACCAUCCCAGCUCCAGCUCCCCAAGCGCCGACUCCUACUCCUACAGCACCGGCGGCUACCUUUCCCCGCCUGGCGCGCCGUCCUUAGCCCCGCCGGACCAGUCCUUUUCCCACAGCCUGCAGCUGCCGCAGUCCUUCGAGCCGGGCUUGGUCAACCAGUUUGAUCAGUCCUCGGGCAUUCCGCUGCAACAGCACCCGCAACCCCAGCCGUCGACCGAGGAGAACUUCUCCAACCUCUUGAACUCCGAUUCCGCGGGGUUCGACUUCUCCGUCUACCAGAACCAUAGCCCGAACAGCACGACCGCUCCCGAGUACGACUCCUCCCUCAUGCUCGACCCCCAGAUGCACGGGCAGCCGCGACCGGUCAGCCAGGGCGUGAACCCCGCCGACCUCGUGGGCCAGAUCUCGUCGCCCCAUCCCUCGGCGUCUCCGCAGAUGUCCCCGCAGGAGCAGCAUGCGCACCACUCCUCCCCGAGCCCCAUAUCUCCCCUGAGCUCGACGGCGGGCACCUUCUACACUCCGCAACACUCUCGCCACACGUCGUUGGACCCUGCGUCGGCGAAUUACCUGACCGGCGGAUCGCAUGCCGAUUGGCAAGCCGUCAUGGGCAAUGCGGCCUUCCAGGGCCACCGACGCGCCCCGUCCGAAGUGUCGGAGGUUUCCUCUGCCGCUCACUCGCCGUAUAUGUCCCAGCAUGAAUCGUUCGACGCCAUUGACAGCAAUCCCUCUCCGCUGUUGACCCCGCAGAAUGACCCCGGGCUCUACGAGAAUGCACUCGCCAUCGAGUCCUUCACGCUGUCCGAGCACCAGCAGCAUCAGCAUCCGCAGCAUGCCUUCAGCCCGGCCCACAGCCCUUAUAUUUCCCCGCAGCUGAUGCCCCAACAGGGGCCAGAGAUGAUCCCGAAUAUCCCUUAUAUAUCUCCUCCGGCAGAGAAUCCGCAGUAUUCCAGCCCUUCGGUGAACGACGUAUACAACACCGGCGCGGAGGGCGCAGUUAUGUCGCAGGGAUUGCCCCUGGGCCAGGACAUCGGACAGGCAUCCCAGAUGGCCCCGCCAUCCAUCAAUGUGGAAUUGGCUCCACCAUCGAGGAACCCUAUUUUCCCUCAAUCCAAGCCGGCGACGGACUUGGAUUCGUUGAGCCCGCCUCCUUCCAUGCGCUCUCGCAUGCGCAGUAAGUCCGACCCGUACGCUCACCCCGCGUCCCGCUCUCGGAGUCCCGCGACUACGACGAGUAGCUUGGAGCCUUUGGCUCCUUCGUCCCCCCGAUCUUUGUCGCCGUUUGACUCCAUGGGCCGCCAACCGCAAAGCAAUCCCAGUUCGCGAGAUCCGUCUCCCUCGCGAUCUCGACGGCUGUCGACAUCAUCUAUUGACAGCCGCAACUACAUCCUAGGCCUUGCAGAUCCGCAGCGGCCCGGGGCGAGCCCCAAUGACUCGAAGCGCGUCCAGAAACAUCCCGCCACGUUCCAGUGUCACCUCUGCCCCAAGCGCUUCACAAGAGCCUACAAUCUACGGUCUCACUUGCGCACCCACACGGACGAACGGCCGUUCGUCUGCACCGUUUGCGGGAAAGCCUUUGCCCGGCAACACGAUCGCAAGCGACAUGAAGGAUUGCAUUCCGGCGAGAAGAAGUUUGUCUGCCGUGGAGAGCUUUCCCGCGGCGGACAGUGGGGAUGUGGUCGCCGAUUCGCCCGGGCUGACGCGUUGGGCCGUCAUUUCCGAUCGGAAGCCGGUCGCAUUUGUAUCAAGCCGCUGCUGGAUGAAGAGUCACACGAGCGUUCGAUGAUAGACCAGCAGCAGCCGUCACAUGCAGGCCAUCUGCAGCCAAUUCCGCCGCCCCUCAUGGUGUCGGGGAUGGAUGGUCAACAUGCCAGCAGUUUCGUUCUUCCCGCGGCGUUGUUGGCCCAGUAUCCCGCACUGCAAACCCUUCAAUGGGAUCAGAUCCCGGCUUCGGCGGACGAUCCAAGUGAUAUUGGAGGUCGCAGCAGUUUUGACGCCAGCUCCGGCGGUGAAUUCGGAUUCGAAGACGACGAAUCCGCCAUGAGUAGUGUCUCCGGCAUGAGUGGAGGGUACAGCCCCCAGGAGAACAUGUACGGUGUCAACAACCAGAUGAUUGGGGUCAACUCUGGCGAAAAUUAUCCUAACACGGAAUGGAGAGAAUGA